CUGGGAGCUGCGGCUCCGCGCCGAGCCGGGCUCGGCCGGCGAUGCGCGCGGCCCCGGAGCCUCGUCCCCCCCCUUGGCGCGCGCUGAGGUGGGCCUGCCCGGGAGGCGGGCGUCGGGCCCCCAGCUCCGCGGCCCCCGGAGCUCUCCGGACUCGCCGAUCGCGGGCUCGGUGGCAACAUGUCUGUGGCGUUCGCAGCCCCGAGGCAGCGGGGCAAGGGGGAGAUCACGCCCGCCGCCAUCCAGAAGAUGCUGGAUGAAAAUAACCAUCUUAUUCAGUGUAUAAUGGACUAUCAGAAUAAGGGGAAGGCGUCAGAGUGCUCUCAGUAUCAGCAGAUGUUGCAUACGAACCUGGUAUACCUUGCUACCAUAGCAGACUCUAAUCAAAAUAUGCAGUCUCUCCUGCCAGCACCGCCCACACAGAAUAUGCCUAUGGGUCCUGGAGGGAUGAGUCAGAGCGGCCCUCCGCCCCCUCCCCGUUCUCACAACAUGCCUUCAGAUGGAAUGGUGGGUGGGGGCCCUCCUGCCCCACACAUGCAGAACCAGAUGAACGGCCAGAUGCCUGGGCCUAAUCAUAUACCAAUGCAGGGACCUGGACCCAAUCAGCUCAACAUGACAAACAGUUCCAUGAAUAUGCCUUCAAGUAGCCACGGCUCCAUGGGAGGCUACAACCAUUCGGUGCCAUCAUCCCAGAGCAUGCCUGUGCAGAACCAGAUGACCAUGAGCCAAGGGCAGCCAAUGGGAAACUAUGGUCCCAGACCAAACAUGAAUAUGCAGCCAAAUCAAGGUCCCAUGAUGCAUCAACAGCCUCCUUCGCAGCAGUACAACAUGCCACCUGGAGGUGGGCAGCACUACCAAGGACAGCAGCCCCCCAUGGGCAUGAUGGGUCAAGUUAACCAAGGCAACCACAUGAUGGGCCAGAGACAGAUGCCUCCAUAUAGACCACCGCAGCAGGGCCCACCACAGCAGUUCUCAGGCCAGGAAGACUAUUAUGGGGACCAAUACAGUCAUGGUGGACAAGGUCCUCCAGAAGGCAUGAACCAGCAGUAUUACCCUGAUGGUCAUAGUGAUUACGGUUAUCAGCAACCGUCGUAUCCUGAACAAGGCUACGAUAGGCCUUACGAGGAUUCCUCACCACAUUACUACGAAGGAGGAAACUCACAGUACGGCCAACAGCAAGAUGCUUAUCAAGGACCACCUCCACAGCAAGGGUACCCACCGCAGCAGCAGCAGUACCCAGGGCAGCAGGGCUACCCAGGGCAGCAGCAGGGCUAUGGUCCUUCCCAGGGUGCUCCAGGUCCUCAGUAUCCCAAUUAUCCUCAGGGUCAAGGUCAGCAGUAUGGGGGCUACAGAGCAGCACAGCCGGGACCACCCCAGCCACCCCAGCAGAGGCCUUAUGGGUACGACCAGGGACAGUAUGGAAAUUACCAGCAGUGAAGAUGUCCUUACAUUCCAGUCAGUCUCUGUCAGCAGCAUACUGUCGUCCUUCUGCACUGUGGGCACUGUGAAGGCUCCUUCCAUUCCACUGCCUAGCUUUUGGGGAAAUCUUUGGCUAAGUGGCUGCCUUAUCCCCAAGCAGCCUUUGUGGGUUAGUUUGUAAAGGCUUUGGUAGCUACCAGAUACACCUGAUUUCACAUUUCUACUCUAGAUGGCAACAUUGGACAGAAAAUGCAUCAACAUAAAGUCAUUUGCAGCGACUUCAGACUGUUCCAAACGGACUGUCGCAGGCUGAAGGUGUCAGUAGCUUUGUAUGUUUACGAAGGUCAAGGGGGUUUCAUACUUUUCCACAGAUUAUUUUGUAAGGGGGGGGAAUGUACACUUUUUACAGCAGCAAUAUUUUGUAUAUUAUGUUUAUUUCGUGUGAUGAAUAUGCAAGGCGGUACACUACGCACUGGGCAGAAUCAGAAACCCUGUUAAUCUGGAGUGCGGUAGAUGCUUGGUGGCUGUGGUGUCCUGUAAGACACAGGUGAGGGAGAAGACAGAAGCACACCACAUUACUGUUAGGUCUUAGAGGAAGUGCGCAUCUCUCUUAUAUACCAGAUUUGCAAGGGGACUGGGAUACAGUUUUUGAGUACAAAGACAAUUUUUUAAAAGCCUUCCAGUUUUGUGCAUUAAAACCUUUUUGUAAAGAUGACUUAUAAUACUGUUUGAAAAUGCAAGGCAAUAAUUAUGUUGCAUCUGUGAGUGUUGGCAUGUUCGUGUCAAUGAAGUACGAAGCCUCUCAAACAGCAAUAAUUGAAAAGGAAGAAGCAUUGGUCUUUACCUUGUUUGAGAAUCAGGGAGCUUAGUGAGGACCGUCGACACUUUCUAACCACACCAAAGAGGACUCGGUGGUGAUCUCAUCAUAUUGUUUUUUUUUAACAUUAGUACAAUUGGUUCAUGGCACAGAAUAAGAGUCCAGGAGACUUUACACACCUGUAUUUUAACUUUCUUAAUUGGGUAUAAGUAAAGGGCAUCUUCACAUUCCUUUCUCUUCCUCUUAGUUACUGUAACAGGAAAAUGCGUUUGAUGGGGCAUUUCUCAUCUGUAUGGAAAGCCUUGAGGUUGCAUUUUACGGUUCCUUGUUUUUAAACAUGACAUACAUAAUCAUUAUUUGAGACUGAUUGUGUUAGCUGAUUCGGGACAUUGCACUGACAGGAAAGCAUGCACUGAGAGAUUUCUAAACACAUCUGUUUGAGCAGACUUUGAAAGCAUCUAGCCCAAAGGUAAGUUGCUGUGUCCUCACAGUUGUCUGUAUCCAGGGAAUAGAACAUACUCUUUCUAAUUGAGUUAGAUUUUGCCACUUCUGGCUGGAAACAGAACAGAAGGGUGCUGUAAAUUCGAAGAUGCCAAGUACACUGUUCUCAACAUACUGUAAUCAAAGGAGGAGUUUCUCUGUGUCUGUGUGAGUGAGUCAGUAGAAAAUAGGCAUCAAGUCUCUACAGAUAAGGCACGGGAAGCCUUGUUGUGAUUGAAAUGCUUGUAGGUUCUGUGCCAGGCUCUCCACCACUGUGUACUUUGUUCUAUUUAAAACUGUAUCAACUCUAACGAAAGAAUAAAUUAUUUGUGAUUUUAA